AUGCAGCCAUACAACUGGAGACGUGGUCACCUCGACGACACGCCUUCGUGGCCUGUGUCGGAUCCUGCUGCACCACUACCGCUGCCCUACAAGUGGGUCGAUAGCGAGCAGCCAAAACACCAACCACUUCGCCAGCCGCUCUCACAUGUCWCUGAACCCCGUCAGCAUCCUUUGUGGAACAGUUUCGGGCCUGCACCAGGUGCUGCUCAGAACGAGAGUGUUCCAGAGACAAAGUAUGCCGCCCCCAUCCCGCUGCACAGCUACCGCGACCCUGUCAUCGAGCAAGCAGCCCGCAAACAUGCGCUGCCUCUGCCACGGCUGCCAGACUACCCACUCGGAGUAUCGCCAGCACCGCAGCUCAACCGACCGCGCUACAGCUCCUCCGAUGUGGCGCCCGACAUGGAGACUGUCGAGCGACUGCAGCUAGGCAAGAACCGCAUCCCACAUCCAGAACGACUCGUUACGGCCAACAGCGAGUACGACAUCAUCCGCCCUCUCGAAAGCCGCCCAGACGUUCUUGCUGCGGGUGGUAUGAACAUUGGCCUCUUUCUGAUCGAGCGCCGUCGGACUGGCCAGCUGUUUGUGCAGAAGCGUCUGCGCAUUCGGAAUCACCAUGACCACAAGCGAGCAAGCUUCGAGAUCGACGCCCUCUUCCAGCUCAAGAGAAGUCCUAGCAGCGUUCUUCAGAUUGAAGAGGCCGGUCAAAUGACCGGCAGUCCUUAUGCUAGCCUGGUCCUCGAGUACUGCGACAGUGGUACAAUCAGAGACCAUAUCGAUCGCUACACCGCUGAGAGAAAGUCGACACCAGAGCCGUUCGCUUGGCACAUUUUUGCCGGCCUGACAGCGGCACUAUGCGCAUGUCAUUACGGUGUCACGGACCCGGACGACACGCGGUYCGUACGUGGAUGGGAGGUUCUCUGUCACCUCGAUGUGAAGCCUUCAAACGUCUUCCUGACAUCGAAGGGCAGGAACAGCGCAUACCCAAGAGUGGUGCUGGGAGACUUUGGCUGUGCUGUUAAGGAAGAGGACAUCUACUCCGGUGCUGCACAGGAGAUGCUACAGGAGUUCUACACACCUGACUGGCUGCCACCAGAGAGCCGUCCUAUCUCCUACAGCAAGCGAGGUAUCGCCGCUUCUUGUGGCACACAUACCGACAUCUGGCAGGCGGGUGCUGUCAUCCAAGCAAUGUGCCGGCUUUUGGGUGCGCCGCAUCAAGGUCUGGUGGAAGAGGAGAGACCUUGUGGAGGAAAGUUCAGCGGCGCCUUGAACAAUGCGGUCACAUGCUGCAUGAGCACCAACCCCAAGGACAGACCCACGGCGUUGGACUUGGUAGCGGAGGUCAAGAAGGAAGUAGUCCUCCGUGGAAUGGUGUUUUGA